AUGUUUUAUCCAUGCUAUAUCGAUCUUGGAAAAGCAGCCAGGGAGUUGUUCAUGAAAGGAUAUAAUUUUGGCUCCCUGCGGGUUGACGCAUGUUCCAAAUCAGGCGAAAAUCAGGAGGUCGAGUUUUCCAGUGCGGCUGUGCACAGUGUUGCUACAGGAAAACUUGCUGGAAAUUUUGACAUCAAAUAUCGUAUACCUUCUUAUGGUGUGGUAUUGACAGAGAAGUGGAAUACGGAAAAUUUACUGGGUACAAUUGUUGAAAUACAGGAUCGCUUUGCUCGUGGUUUAAAACUUACGCUAGAUUCAUGGUAUGCUCCACAUAAUGGCAAACGAUCAGGUCGAGUGAAAGGUGAAUGGGUGAACAGGAAUCUUACGUUCAAUCUUGAUGUUGGUUUGGAUACUGGUCCUCAAAUCAGUUUUUCUGGAGUCACUGGUAUGCAUGGGUGGUUGAUGGGAAUACAUAGCGCAUUUGAUGCUUCGAGCAGUCAGCUCAAGGGUCUUAGCUUUGCAUUUGGAAGAAUAGGAACAGAUUAUGUUUUGCAUUCAUAUGUGAACGAUGCACGAGAAUUCGGCGGGUCAUUCUACCACAGCGUUGCCCAUAAUUUAGAAGUUGGCGCUAUGUUUAGCUGGAUAACUGGUGAACCAGGCACUCGUUUUGGUUUGGCGAUGAAGUACUGUCCUACGCAGGAUUUAGAAUUGAAAGCUAAAGUCGACCAUGAUUCAAAACUUGCUUUUGCACUUACGCAUAACCUCUCAAAACAGUCAAUUGAACUAGCUUUAAAAGUUAGAGAGAUAGAUGAUGGUGAUGUGGAAGAAGAUGAAGAAGAGAAAAAGCAGAUUAUACCAAUCAUUGUUAGCAAUUGCCCACCAGACUUCCCGUCAUUUUACUUGGCUCAAACAGACACGAUGAAUGUGGUGGUAGCUUUGCAUCUCACAGUUCUAUUGCUGGUAACCUCAAGUGUUACUGGCAAAAAGAAGAAAGGAAAUGAUUGGGAUGAACUGGAAACGUUAUUGGAAAAUAUUGAUGAAAAGGUCACAGAGCCAACUAAAGAUUCUAAAAUUGUACCAACUGGAAUGCAAAAGAAUCCUUGCGAAGAUCAUAUUUGUGGAUGGGGUAAGGAAUGCAUUGUUGACAAACAAGGUGAACCAGUUUGUGAAUGCAUUUCGAAAUGUCCACCAUUGGAUAAUGAUCCACUUGAUCUGGUUUGCAGUAACACAAAUCAAACAUUUUCAUCGUUGUGUGAAUUAUACCGGGAAAGGUGCCUUUGUAAACAUAAAUUUAAAGAAUGCAAAAAUAAACUUAAUGCAAAAGUUCAUUUGGAAUAUUUGGGUGCUUGCAAGAAGCUUAACCCAUGUACCGAUGAAUUGAUGGUUCAAUUUCCAGCACGAAUGGCUGACUGGCUCUUUCAGGUAAUGCGAGAAAUGAAGAAACGACGAGAGUUGCAUAAUUUAGAGUGGGAAGAAUUGAUCGCAGAAGCAGAAUCUGAUGACGAGAAAAAGCAUGUUUAUCCUGUAAUAUGGAAAUUCUGUGAUUUAGAUAUUAAACCUCAUGAUAAGCAUGUAUCACAUCAUGAACUGAUUCCUAUCACAGCACCCGUUAUUCCAAUGGAAUCUUGUAUCAAACCAUUCCUAGAGAAUUGUGAUAUCAAUAAUGAUGGCAACAUUUCUAUCAAGGAAUGGGGCAAAUGUCUUGGUCUGAAGGAAGGUGAAAUUCAAGAACGUUGUUAG